CGCCUGUUUUCGCAGCAGCAUCAGACACAACUUUCCUGUGUGAAGAUGAUGACUGAAGACUGGUUGUGCAGUAGAGUGAAACUUUGUCAGCUAAUCACUGGCUCAAAUGUUGGUUCAACAAAUGUCCAGGAUCCAUUGGAAGUGGUGAUUGAUACAGAGUCAUAUCCUGAACCUCACUACAAUCCAUCAUCUAUCCUCCUGACAUUGGAGGCCUUCACUUGUGCCUUCAAUGAAUUGCAAGGCAGGAGGUCAGUUGUGAAGGUGAACUGCAUGGAUCAGAAAGCUCUUGCACCCAACCCACUUCAGACAGAAGUUGUUCAUCACUUUGCUGAGAUGUUUUCUGGAGACAUCCUGGAUGCAGCUCUAAGAAAACAGGACACCCAGUUCACUGAAGAUGGUGGUCAAAUUUGUAGCCUGACUCAAAUUGAGGAUUACAAGUGGACAACGAGUGAUUUGGAAACGCUUGCUAAGAAAAUAGCAGCUGAAAUCUAUAGCACUGCACUGCAAGAUCUAGCCAGACGUGGUAGCCCUGCUGGUAGGAAAUCUGAAGAACAGCCAGAUGCGGUUCAAACAUAUGAAAAAGAGAUCAUUAGUGAAGUUCACAGUGAGCAUACCUCCUACCUUUGCUCCUCUAUGCACCAAUGCGACCAAGGAGGACCUACAACAGAAGUAGAUGAUAUCUAUCCCAGAAGAUCUACCACCAAUCCUACCACUCUGGAUGACAUGGCCCAUGUGGGUUCGCUUGACUACCCUGAUGCUCCUCCAAGUACUCCUUUACUGCCAGAGAUGAUGAAGAGCCGUGCGAGCUUCACCAGGAAACUGAAAGGCGGACUGGCUAAGGAGUUCCUACCCUCGACCCCUCCACCCACCCCGAAAGAUCAACAAUCUCUAAUGGAGGAAAAAAUGACUGACUGUACUGCAGACAAAUCAGAGUUCAUGGUUCGGUUGAUGCGUUCGCUCUCACUAGCCUGCUCACAGCUUAGGGAAGAUAACACCACAGAAAACGAGGCCAGGUUUCAAAGUGAGAUUUCAGACUAUGCGGCACAGCUCUCAGUAAAUAUCAUCCACUGCAUCACUGCUGCCCAAGAAGGCAGAAAUAGAAAUCUAGAAAUGCCUGUCAGAGAUGUGCAGGUCCUGGCCGACAACCUGACAGAGGAGAUCAUUAGGACAUCUAUAGCAGAGGUUAUAAGGAGCAAGAUAGAGGACAGAACAAGCCAAGAAAGUUCAUCUUAUUUGGAGAACACAACCCAAGUUUUAAGUGAUAAUUUACUGUCAGUGUCAAUCCCCGUUAUCCGUCCUGUGGAGGCUUUGAGAGAUAUGGCUGGCAAACUAAUCACUAACACACUGGUCCAGGCUUUCUCCCAGCUGGGAAGUGGUUCAUUACAGCAUGCCACCAGCAAACAGUUCCCUGAUCCAGCAUCUGAACUAAUGCCAUGGGAACAAGGGACUGAUCAAUAUUUAAAUACAGGUUUGUACUCCCCAAACUCCCAUCAACCAGAAAACAAUGGAUGCUCUAAUGUGAAUUUAGAGUCUAAUUAUAUCUCACUUGACUCCAGAACUGGGACAGAAGAGCAUGUUUUUGCUGAGAACUUUGUGCAAGAAGUGCUCAAGUGCUCAAUAAGAGAAGUUUCAGGCUGUCACUUAAGGUGUAAACAAAUAUCCGUUAAUUCAGAUAGACUGAGUUCCUCAGCAGCAUCUGUUCCUGUGGUGAGGCAGGCUGUGGUGAGGGCUUUCAUAUCGGAAACACUCGGCCAUGAUACACAGGAUCUGCAGUGUGUCCUUCUCUGGGCUGCAGCAUCUCACAUGGGAAUUUCCACAUUACAGAUUGACCUAACUGACAAGCACGUUCAGCAACAGCUCAACAGGGUCUUUCUGCAAGCUCAGAUUCACAGCUGGACUGUGGGCCAUCUGAUGACGUCUCUCCUCCAGUACUGUGAAGAUCUACAGGCCACCACCAGAGGGCAUUCUAAGAUUUCGACCUCUCUCCUGGGGCAUCUACUGCUCACACAAUCAUAAGUUGUACGGUUCUGGACCAAAGCUUGAAUCAAUUAGGAUUAAACAUCGGUCUAGGAAAGGAUUUUCUGUUAUUAUAUAUUAAUUCAUGAUUGACACAGUGUAAUGUGAAAUCUACAGACGAGUGCACGGAAAUGAUUACCGAUGAGAAAAAGAGCAGUCUGAGCCAAAGAAAAUAAAUUGGGUUCAACUUAGUAUAAGACCCAUCUGCACACUCUCCUGGAGUCAAACUUAUGAUGAUUAAAACAUGACAAAAUGUGUGUUCAAUUUUCUACUUAAAUCUGCUACAACACUUAAAGUUGGCCAUCACUCUUGAGACGUCACUCAUUCAGGAUGGAACAUCUCUCAAACUCUGUGCCUCUGGAUUUAUAUCCAUGAUCAACUCUGCAUGGGAGCAAUCUGCAGAGGAGAACAGAGAAGUGACUAAAACUGCAGCAUUUUAGUGGAACACCAGGCUGAUCCAGAAAGAUGGCCAUCAACAGAGCGUAACACCCAGCUGGACACUCAGCUGGGAGGAAACCGGAAUCAAGCCAACAGAGUUAUGAACAUCUGCUGAAAUUGCACUCGCCUAUGUAUCACAUCACAUUAAAUUAAUAAAGACUGGACACCAGAUCAAGGAUGAAAUAAUAAAACGCAGAUGGUUGUAUGGUUCAAAAGCAUCUCAUAUUAGCACAUGAAUAUGGUCACAUUGACAUAUCUGGCCAGCCUGAGUGAUAAUCCUGUCUAUGAAAUGACAGCUGACACAUAAAUGAGUAACAUCUAUCUAUCUAUCUAUCUAUCUAUCUAUCUAUCUAUCUAUCUAUCUAUCUAUCUAUCUAUCUAUCUAUCUAUCUAUCUAUCUAUCUAUAGUAAUAAUAAAGAUCUAACUAUCUGUAGUGUAUUAGCAAAUAUUGUUUCAUGCCUCAGUGCUAUUCUAAAUAUGUUAUUAGCGUGAACAAUAAAAGCAUUGCUGAAGUGUGUAGUA